AUGGCGAAAAAACGAAACCGGCGAGUCGGACUCAGUAGCGAUGGUAAAUCAAGCCAAGUCGACUCUUCAACUCGAAGAAUCAAGGUCGUCACCCCCGCGGAAUCGCCGCCACCUAACUCAGAUCACAAGCUCACGAGCACCAGCUGCGCCGUUUUCCUCUUCUUCAUUCUAUCUUCCACCAUUUCCUUAAUCUUAUACAGUAAACUGCACGCUUCUAAUGUACAUAAGAAUUUGAAUACGGGAUCCGACCUACCGUACGUCUACCAGCGCGGUCUCGUAAAGACUGAUAUUCAUUAUCAUCAAGUCCUCAGUGAGAACAUGAAGGUAUCCGAAAAUUCCAGUCGCCGGAAUUUCAAGAAUCCCGUGCUAGCCUACCUUACUCCAUGGAAUUCUAAGGGGUAUGAGAUGGCCAAGAAGUUCAAUAAUAAGUUUACACAUUUAUCACCUGUGUGGUAUGAACUUAAGAGCCAAGAUACCAAAUUGGUUAUGGAGGGAAGGCAUAAUGCUGAUAAAGAAUGGAUUGCAGGGCUUAGGAUGAAAGGAGAUGCCCUGGUUUUGCCUAGGGUUUUUUUGGAAGCACGUCCCUUGGAUUUGCUGAAAAAGAAGAAACAGAGAAAUAGAGCAGUUAACCUGAUCAUUACUGAAUGCAAGGAAAUGGGUUAUGAUGGUAUCGUACUGGAGUCAUGGUCGAGGUGGGCAGCCUACGGUGUUUUGCAUGAUCCAGAAAUGCGGUAUAUGGCACUGCAAUUUAUCCAUCAAUUGGGACAGGCCAUGCACUCCAUAAGAUUGGAGCAUAGUAAGCAGAACUUGCAAUUAGUGUAUGUUAUAGGUCCGCCUCGUUCGGAUAAACUAGAGGAGUAUGAUUUUGGGCCACAAGAUCUCCGGACCUUAGUUGAAGCCGUAGAUGGUUUCUCUAUUAUGACUUACGACUUCUCAGGUCCUCAAAAUCCUGGUCCCAAUGCACCUUUGAAGUGGAUUCAAUACACCUUGCAGCUUCUCCUUGACGGCACUACCCAUGAUCAUCAGAAGUUCGAUAAAAAGAUUUUCGUCGGCAUCAACUUUUAUGGGAAUGAUUUCAUCGUUUCUGGAGGCGGUGGACCUGUCCUUGGAACGGAUUAUUUAUCUUUGUUGGAACGACAUAGGCCUGCACUGCGCUGGGAGGAGAACAGUGCUGAACAUUUCUUCGUGUAUUCUGAUAAUCAGAAUGUCAAGCACGUAGUAUUCUACCCAUCACUGAAAUCAAUUUCAAUGCGGCUCGAAGAAGCUCUUUCUUGGGGGGCCGGCAUUGCAAUCUGGGAAAUCGGACAAGUAAUUGGUACAAUCUCGUUCCCUCCCACACCAUCCAAAUUCCAACCAUUGAAACCAAAAGCACAAAAACAAAGAAGCUUCAAGGGUUUAGUACUUGAUUAUGCAAUGGAGGCCCUUAAUGCAGCUGGAUUAACCCCACUUUCUGUUCUUGCAAAAAAAAAUAAACCGAGAAAAAAUUCAUCACUUGCCUCAUUUCCACCAUUGAAGAACCAAAAUCUUGCCAUUUCUUUAUCAAGAAAUCUUCAAGGUGGAUUAGUCCUUUUAUCUUCGGUUCUUGAUUCCGGGUUUGCAAAGGCAUUAACAUAUGAUGAAGCUUUACAACAAUCAGUGACCAGUUCUUCCAUUACAGAUUUUGAUCCCAGUGGAGUUUUUGAUAGUGUGAUCAAUUUUGUUGUGGAGAAUCCCAUUUUUAUUGGUGGUGUUGCGGUGACUUUGGCAGUGCCAUUACUGGUUGCUCAGUUGCUGAGUAAACCUAAGCCAUGGGGAGUGGAGAGUGCUAAGAUUGCUUAUACAAAACUGGCUGAUGAUUCCAAUGCUCAGUUGCUUGAUAUAAGAGCACCAGGAGAGUUGAGGCAAGUGGGAAGCCCGGAUGUUCCGGGUUUGAAGAAGAAGCCGGUGGCCGUCGUAUACAAAGGCGAAGAUAAACCCGGGUUUUUGAACAAACUGGCAUUGAAAUUUAAAGAACCUGAAAAUACCACUCUGUUCAUUCUGGACAAAUUUGAUGGCAACUCCGAGCUUGUUGCGGAGCUGGUAACAGCCAAUGGCUACAAAGCUGCUUAUGCUAUUAAAGAUGGUGCAGAAGGACCGCGAGGAUGGAUGAAUAGUGGCCUUCCUUGGAUACUUCCGAAGAAGACAUUGGGUCUCGAUAUAAGCGGUUUUACAGAUGCAAUUGGUGGUGCUUUAGGGGAGACUUCUGAUACUGCGUAUUUGACCCUUGGUGUCGCUGCUGCUGCUGGUCUAGGAUUAUUGGCCUAUACGGAGGUGGAAACAAUUCUCCAACUUUUGGGUUCUGCUGCUCUCAUCCAGUUUGUUAGCAAGAAACUCAUAUUUGCAGAGGAUAGAAAGCAAACCCUACAACAAGUUGAAGAGCUCUUAAAAACAAAAGUUGCCCCUAGAGAGCUUGUGGGCGAUAUACAGCAAAUUGGUAAGGCCUUUCUACCAUCGACCGGCAAGGCUCUGCCGGCCACCGCAGAGGCAAUUUCUGUUCCUGUUGAUACUGAUGUUCAGAAAUCCGAGUCUUUUUCCGAGGUAAACAAUGCUCCACCUGAAGUCAAAGCAGCUCCCAAGCCCACUCCUGAAAUCAAUUCAGUUCCCAAAGUAGAAGUUAAAGAAGAAUCCCUUCCUGGAAUUUGUAGACCACUUGCACCAUAUCCUAAUUAUCCCGAUUAUAAGCCACCAUCGUCACCUAUACCAUCACAGCCAUAG